GAAUUCCAUGCAUGCUUACAAUGUACUUUGAUCAAAUCCAUUCUCCACUCCUUCCCCUCCAACUCCCCCCAGAAUGCCUCCCACUUCUUGUACUCUCUCUCAACUUCCUAUAAUCCUUUUUUUUGGGGGGGGGGCGGCGGUUAGAGACAGGGUUUCUCUGUGUAGCUUUGGAGCCUAUAAUCCUUUUAAAGGCCACUGAGUCCAUUCAGUUUUCCAUUUUAUGAACUGUUUACAAAAUAGUACUUACAGUUUUACAAACUCUUUCUGAGUAUCCAUAGCCUUGAGAGAGUGGCUAUAACUCCCCUGUUUCUCUAGCAUUCUCUUUGCAUAUAACCACACUUUAUUGUUAUUCCUUAAACUUUUUAAAAUGUCACUUGAUUACCGUUACACUAAUUUUUGAAAAUAUCACUUAUAUUUCACAAAAAUGGAAACCCCAAAAUUUCUUCCCCUGAUGGACCAUUAACCCCACAAAGGCACUCAGUAUGUGCUCUGCUAAUAUUUACCCAAGUGUUAAUGAGAUGAUGGCCCAUGUGCUCCUGCUGCCUAUGAAGCACUUUCCAUCCAUAAGAUGGAAAUUAAUGACAGAGCCUCCCUGGUGACAGAGCUAAGCAAGGCGAGGGGUGUAUAAAAGCCAGCUUGCUAGUUGUCAAGCCGGGCGAGCGGAGUUGGGCUGUGGUUUCUGAAGCUUCUGGCUAUCAAGGCAUUUUCUGAUAUUGCUGCCACUGAUUACUAAAAGGGAACUUGAGAAGCAAUGCACAUCCUAAAGCUGCCAGCUGCCCUCCUCAUCCUCUCUGUGGCACUAAACCACUUGACAGCUACACCUGUCAGAAGUGGUACCAACCACCUGGUGGACAAACGGAAGUGCAACACAGCCACAUGUGCCACACAACGCCUGGCAAACUUUUUGGUCCGUUCGAGCAACAACCUUGGUCCUGUCCUUCCACCAACCAACGUGGGAUCGAACACAUACGGCAAGAGGAAUGCAGCAGAGAUUCCGAACAGGGAAUCUUUGGAUUUCUUACUCCUUUAGAGUCAAUGUACUUCUUCAUCUCUUGUUACUUUAUGUGUAAAUGCUCUGGUAAUUUCAUUAGUAAUUUAACAGUGCCUUUUUCAUUUACACUAUGAAUGCAAGAUGAUGUGUCACAUGCUUUCUGGCUGUGUGUGUAAAUCCUCAUUCUAAGAAUUGUUUUAGGACUGAUCAAGGUCAGGCUACAGACAGUGUCUCUUCACACAUGUUCUUGAAAUACUUAAAAUUUCUUUUUUUACCUUGUAACUUUAUGAUUCAAAUUCAACAAUAAAGGAGACCAUAGGAGCAUGAAACCUGACAAGUCAUUAACUGUUAAUAGCAAAGUUCUGAUUCUGGACAUUGGAAAAGCAAGUAUUCUAGGUACCUGUUCAGAUGCCAUUUCAAAAUAAAUCAGCAAAAUUGUUGCAGGAUAUUUGAUCACACUGUGAACCCCAAGAUUGUGUUACUUACUGGAAAAAUCUGUUUCUAGUGGUAGUGUGGCUUAGCCCUAGCACACACACCUUUAAUCUAAGAGCUUUCUAGUUACUGUAAACAGGAUUAAAUAAAGUCAGUCAUAGGUCAAGAGAUGGAGCAAGCAUCCAGUUGACAGGAAGUGAACAUAAAAAAAAAAACAGAGAGUAGGAGGGAGUCAGGAGGAGGAUGCAUAAAAAGAUGCACAGGACGCAGAAGGGAAGGACAUUCGUUUUGAGGUUUUUUGUUGUUGUUGUUUGAGACUGCUUAGGAGAAAGGCCUUGUUUUCUGGGACACCAGUGAGGAGGAAGGUCAACUGGGCGUUUGUUCUACCUCUCUGAGCUAGCAGGCUUUCACCCCAGUGUCUGGCUCCCAGGCCUUUAUCGUUAAACUCAAAAAUUUGAGAUCUAAUUAAAAACAACACAAAAUCUUGUUCUUAUUUAAUUAAAAAAAAUUUAAUUCUGUUCUUUACUGUGCUUGCUGGUACUAAAAAAGGUGUUUUGAAAGAUAAAGGUGGUUUGUAUCCAUGAGGGGUUCAUUCCAUUUUCUGCAGUGAGUUUUAAUGACGUGUCUAUGACUUUAUUCUGUUGAAUAUUUACACAACCAUAUUUAUAUCCAGCAUAUUUCAAAAGGAUCCUGUCUUCUAUUAUUUAUGUCUUCAACUAAGAGACCACAGAUUCUUAGAACUCAAGUCUAUAUGUCAACUUACUCUCUUGGCUAAGUUAGGCAAGUUUCUAGAUGAAUGGUAUGACUCUGUAAGUCAGUGUUACAAUCUAUAUGCUUUUCCCUGACUAUAAAUUGGAACCACUAGAAACAACAUUAAUGUAUACAAAUGUCUAUUACACUACCUUAUAUCAUCUUUUUAAAAUGUAAUCUCAUUAUGGAGCCACAGUUGUCCUGGAGCUCGUUAUAUAGACCAAGAUGGCUUCAAACUCACAGAGAUCUGUCUGCCUCUGCCUCCCAAGUCCUGUGAUUAAAGCUGUGAUCCAUGACACCUGGCACUGUUAUUUUAAAAGAAAAUAAUAGGGGCUGGUGAGAUGGCUCAGAAGUUAAGAGCAUUGGCUAU